AACAGCUUGACUGACAAGGAUCCUGAAGGAGAGAUUCUUUGGAUCCUGAAAACCCUUUUAACAAAGGUGAGACAUAAGAUUUCAGAGAACAGUUUCAACUUUGUUCUGCUGAAGGUUAUACUUAGCUCUGAACCACAUUACUUUCCUGUCUUCGUUUCAUUUCCUGGGGUCUUGCCAAGUGAUAAACAGACCUAGGCGUGUGGUAGAUUUGGGUGUUUUUGGUUUUUUUUUUUUUUUUUUUUCUUAGUCCAAAUAAGCUGGUGGCCUCAGUUUGCUUAAGGCAUCAAUUGACUUCUGUGAUAACUAUGGAAAUGCUGCUGUAAAAGCUUCAGGAAACAAUGGAGAAGAAAUGGGCAUAUCGUGCUGUCUACUCCAUCAUCCAGAUACAUUUUGUCAGGGGUUUAUGGGAAGACAUAUACAAUGCAAGAGAAGACAUUUAUGCUUUACCUGGCUCUGAUGUCAACUUAACCUGCCAAACACAGAAGAAAGGCUUUCUGGUACAGAUGCAAUGGUCCAAGAUCACUGAUAAGGAGGACUUGAUAGCCCUUUACCAUCCUCAACAUGGCUUCUACUGUGCCAGGGGGAGUCCUUGUGGAUCUUUAGUGGACUUCAAAGAAAUGCCUGGGAAUGUGUCAAAAUGGAUUCUGUACUUAAGGAACAUGUCUUCCUCACUCAGUGGGAAGUAUGAGUGUACCUUUACUUUGUAUCCAGAGGGCAUCUGGACUAAAACCUACACUGUUCUUAUGCAAACAACUGUUACACAGGAUGAAUGGAGCAGCAACCACACAAUAGAAAGUGAGAUAAAUAGCACUCUGGAAAUACCAUGCUUUCAAAACAUGUCCUCAGACAUUUCAUCUGAGUUCACCUUUGCAUGGUCGGUGGAGGAUAAUGGAACUCGGGAGAUGCUUAUCACAGGAGAACAUCCCAUCUGCAACUCUACUUUAUUUAAAGGCAGAGUCAAACUGGGAACAAACUAUAGCCUCCACCUCUCUUCCAUCCAAAUCUAUGAUGAUGAUCAGAAUUUCUCUUGUCACAUAAAAACCAGACAUGGCAAAAUCUUGAGGAGCUCCACCACUGUCAAGGUCUUUGCAAAGCCAGAAGUUCCCUUAAUUGUGGAAAAUGACACCCUGGAUGUCAUGGGGAAGAGGACAUUUAUCUGCAUGCUGAAGAAGGUGUUUCCUACAGCAACUCUCAGGUGGUUUAUAGAUGGAAGCUCUCCUCAAGAUAAACAAGAAGUAAACAUUACUAAUGAAAACAGAAAAAACAAAGGUGGAUUUUUGGAAGUGAAAUCUGUUUUGACAAGGAUGUAUGGGAAUAAGCCUGGCCAAUCAAAUAACCUGACUAUAUGGUGUAUGGCUCUGUCUCCAGCACCUGGAAAUAAAGUGUGGAACAUCUCAUCUGAAAAGAUCACUUUUUCCUUGGGCUCAGUGAAUCUUCCAACAGAUCCUCCACUCAAGGUUAUAGAAUCUACCCUUGGCACCCAACCAUCUCCAGCCAAAAGCACAUCUUCUACUAGAUAUUCAGUUACAGCUUCAUUAAACUUUACAGACGUGACUGUGUCAACGCCAAAUACCCGCCCUCAAAUCAGCAAUUCUAAUGUGACUACCCAAAGUUUCAACAAUGCCUGGAGUACCAGCGGGAAUGAAAAUCAAAACUCAAUAUCAUCAUGGAUGUCAAGUGAAACUUACAGACCAUUCCCCUCAGAUGCAGGGUCAACACCUAUUGGUGAUAACUUCAUCAGUUCUACUGGAAUGGUAUCAGAAGUUCCUACAACUAUCAAUGGAUCUCAUAAAAAUAAUCUCACCCAUAUCCCAGUUCAUAUUGUUAAGAAGUCCAAAGAUGAAAUGUCCUGGCCGGUUAUUGUAGCAGCUUUACUCUUUUCUUGCUUGAUGAUAUUUGCCCUUGGAGUGAGAAAAUGGUGUCAGUACCAAAAAGAAAUCCUGGAAAGACCCCCACCUUUCAAGCCACCUCCACCUCCCAUCAAGUACACUUGCAUUCAAGAGUCCAUUGGAAGUGAUCUGCCUUGCCAUGAGAUGGAAACACUGUAGACCUUAGAAACUUUGUCACACAACAAAGCUCUACUCACACCCAUCCCAGAAGACUGAUCCUAUGCUCCACUAGUAGACAGACCUCCACUGCAGCUGAAAUGGAUGUCAAAAGCAACUCCCAGCAACUCAAACUCUUUCAUCUGCAUAUGCUUGGAAUUUUAAAAAGUGUGAGAGAAUAUGUCACGUUCACACCCAGUAUGAUCUGUAGGGAUUUUCUUGCUGAUGUACAAAUUGCAAAAUAGGUUGCUGCUGUCAUUAACUAAGUACUUGUAGUGUUUUUAUUUUUCAUUUUAAUUCUCUGGUUGAGGUAGCAAUCAGGGUUUGAAGCAUUUUCUUUUUGUACUGGAUCUUCUCUUUGGACAUCUGCCAACAUUGUAAAUCUUUGACAAAAUUAUAAUAUCUGAGGUUUGUUGUAUUCCUUAAAAAUAAAGGACAAUUGCAAUUCUUGUUA